UGAGUUGAAGUGGGAAGGAGGCGGUGUUCUGCUGAUCUGUUAAAUUCUUAGUGAAGUUUCCCUCAUUUCCAGUGGUGGCUGCUGUUUGAGUUUGGUUUAGAGCAGGGAUGAGGUUAUCCUGACAUUUCUGGGAUCACAUCUAGCAAAAAGGAAGAAGAAGAAAAAGAAAAGAUUGGGAAAAAAAGUGGGGCGAUAAAGAGCAGGCUAAAGAGGGCUUCUUUUCUCAACAUCGCAUUCCUGUGUUUUGCUUCAGCCUGGAAAAUAUAUUAAUCCCAGGGCUUUUUCUCUCUGGAAACAAAGGAGCUAAACUAGAGUGAGGAGGAAAGGAGUGAUUAGAAGGAUCAUGAAACUUUAAAAGAGAGAGAGAGAUUCAGAAACAGCUGAGAGUUCACUUUUAUUAGAUGAAAUGUGUCUCUCUGUGUGUGUGACUGAUACAGAAACAAGACAGACCUGCAGGUAAAUGGAGCAGCAAAGAUCACAAAGGAAAUUUCCUUUCGCUUCAUCCCACUUGUCAAGAAGGUGAAGAAAAACAAAAAAGUAAAAGCUCCACAGUGAACCGGACAUUCUCUGGAGUCUGUUUUGUUACAUAAAAACCAGUGAGCUGCAGCAAAACUCCAUGGCAUUGCUCUCCCUCUAAAGAAAGGGCUGGGAUACACGGAUCUUGAACAGAAACUUUCCUGAGAGGUGGAUCGCACAAUGAACCGGACACUCAUUCUGAGUUUAGCCAUGCUGUGGGCAACAUGGCUAGCGUGUGACUCUGAGAAGACCGUGAGGCUAGCAGACAGAGGGAGCCAUGGAAUUAGUUACUUGCCUCUUUCUCACAGGGCUAGCAAUGGAUCGCUGUCCUUCCUGAGAAGGUCGGAGGCAUCCCAGAGGAGUUGGACGCCUUCAAUGGGGAAUCUCCAACGUCCUGUUGCCAAGAGGGAUACUCCAGCAUCAAAAAAUGUACAACCUGACCUGCUGCGAGAUGAAGUGCCGGCCCAGGCCAGGAGAGUCAGGGCCAGAGUAAGGCAGACGCAGAGACACACCACUGCGGCCAAACAUCCACAGCCUGAGAUGAUCAAGGAUGAGGGGAAGUCUGCCGUGUCUCGGUCACGGAUUGUACGUUUCCCUUCAGGGUCCAGUUCUCCCAAUGUCCUGGCCAGCUUUGCCGGCAAGAACAGAGUCUGGGUCAUCUCUGCCCCUCAUGCCUCUGAAGGCUACUACCGGCUCAUGAUGAGCCUGCUUAAGAGCGAUGUCUACUGCGAACUGGCUGAGAGGCACAUCCAGCAGAUUGUGUUGUUCCAUGAGGAAGGGGAGGAAGGAGGGAAAGUCAGGAGGAUAACCAGCGAAGGGAAAAUCCUGGAGCAGCCUCUAGAUCCCAGCCUCAUCCCUAAGCUCAUGAGCUUUCUGAAACUGGAGAAGGGGAAAUUUGGCAUGGUGCUGCUGAAGAAGACCCUACAGGUGGAGGAAAGGUACCCUUACCCUGUAAGGCUAGAGGCCAUGUACGAAGUCAUCGACCAGAGCCCCAUCAGGAAAAUCGAGAAGAUGAGGCAAAAGGGUUUCAUCCAGAAAUGCAAAGCUGUCGGGGUGGAGGGGCAAGUGGUGGAGGAAAGUAACAAUGGUGGCAGCACCAGACCUACAUCAAGUGGUGGACAAGUCCAGCUGUCGGUAAGGAAGGAGGAGCCAAGGAGAAGCAAUGCUCAGCCAACAAGGAGCAAAACAGUGAGGAAACUAAUCACGACCACAGUGGCUCCUCCUCCCCCUACAACGAGGGGCAGCACCCUCCCUCCCACAACCACCACUACCCAGGCAACCACCCGCACAGUGAUGAUGCCGAGCAGACCUAUCACCACAGCCACACCCCUUCCGACCACUCAGAGAACUUGGAUCACAAAGUCACACACCACUUCUGACUAUGAUAGGCUGCCCACAGCGCCCGAGGCAACUGCCCCACGGGGAACAGCCACUGAUGAUUUCUACUCCCCUGUGUGGAAGGAGAACCGCAGAGACAGGCAGCAUGGUCACCCGGAGAGACACCCAGUAGCCACCCGGAGACCUGGCAAAGUUGCCAGCUACGACAGCUACACAGAGGCUCCCCCGGCCGCCUCAGAGCACUACACGAGGGCAAACGCAGGUAGAUUUAGAGACAACCGUACAGAUCGGAAAGACUAUAUACCCCGGGAUCCCAGUGUCACACCAGGCCAACACAAACCAGCCAAAGCCAAGCCACCUAAAAAGAGAACCCAGGAAAAGAUCCUGAGCAAUGAAUACGAGGAUAAAUAUGACCCAAGCAGGCCUGCUGUCCCCCACUUGGAGCAAGAGAUCGCAGGAGGGAAUGUCCCGCCGAAGAAAGGGAAAGAGCCAAAGAAGCACGACCGACCAGACAAGCCUGAGAAGAAGAAGAAGAAGGAAAGACCCGAUAAGCUGCAGAAGAGCGAGAAGCAGGCCAAGAAGGACAAAGCUGAGAAGAAGACCAAGCAGGACAAAGACCGCAGCAAGAAGAACAAGAAGGGGAGCAGGACUGAGAACGAGGGCCACCUGAAGCCAAACACAAAGCCUUUCGUUCAGCCCUCCAGGAAAUCGGUGACAAACCUCCUGGAUUUUUUUGAAGGCAAACGGCGACUCAUUCUGAUCACGACCCCCACGGCCGACACCACCAUGUACGUGCAACAGCGAGACGAAUACCUGGAGAGUUUCUGCAAGAUGGCCACAAGGAAAAUCUCAGUCAUCACAAUUUUCGGACUGAACAACAGCAGCAUGAAGAUUGACCACUUUCAACUAGAUAAUGAGAAGCCCAUGAAGGUGGUAGAGGAUGAUGACCUAGUGGACCAGCACCUCAUCAAUGAGCUGAGGAAAGAAUACGGGAUGACCUACAAUGACUUCUUCAUGGUGCUGACGGAUAUUGACAUGAGGGUCAAGCAAUAUUAUGAAGUGCCCAUUGCAAUGAAGUCAAUAUUUGAUUUCGUUGACACCUUCCAGUCACGAAUCAAAGAUAUGGAAAAGCAGAAGAGGGAAGGUAUUGUCUGCAAAGAUGACAAGAAACAGUCCCUGGAAAACUUCUUAUCCAGAUUCCGAUGGAGGAGGAGGCUGCUGGUGAUCUCUGCUCCCAACGACGAGGACUGGGCCUAUUCCCAGCAGCUUUCUGCCCUCAGUGGACAGGCCUGUAAUUUUGGGCUGCGCCACAUAACUAUCCUCAAGCUGCUAGGACUCGGGGAAGAGAUCGGUGGUGUCUUAGAACUGUAUCCCAUCAAUGGAAGCUCCAAUGUGGAGCGAGAAGAUGUCCCUGCUAACCUGGUGAAAGACAUCCGCAAUUAUUUCCAAAUCAGCCCUGAAUAUUUCUCCAUGCUUCUGGUUGGGAAAGAUGGAAACGUCAAAUCCUGGUACCCUUCCCCAAUGUGGUCCAUGGUGAUCGUGUAUGAUUUGAUCGAUUCCAUGCAGCUUCGGCGACAGGAAAUGGCAAUUCAGCAAUCACUUGGCAUGCGAUGCCCAGAAGAUGAGUAUGGUGGGUAUGGUUACCAUAGCUAUCACCAGGGAUACCAGGAAGGUUACCAAGAUGACUACCGUCACCAUGAAAGUUACCACCAUGGAUACCCGUACUAAAAAGAGCAACUUAACCUUUGACUGCUGUCUCUUGCCUGCAUCCUAAUAGCUGUUCAAACCGCAAGUGGCCAGACAUGGAAAUUCUUCUCAAGCCACCUAAAUGCCCAUGCCUCUUUCUUUCAGUAUUCAGUCAAGGGCCUAAAUAAACAUUGUAUUUGCCGUUUUGAAAAUCCACAAGCCUUUAAGUGAAAUAUUUCAAACCAGUAGCACUGAUGCUUUUAAGCAGUAAAGACUCCUUUAUAUUUUUUAACCCCUGUAAUCAGAGGGCAUCACCAGUUGCAGUUUGUUUGCAUUAAACAAAAAACAAAAUCUUUCCCCCGCCCUUUCAGCCACGGACCUCAUACUGUAGCCAGGACACAAACUGUACAAUAGACAUUGUAACACUUUAUAUAUUUUUUUCCAAGGAGAAAAACAAAGCAUAUUUAUUGGAAAGUGAGAAUUUUGUGUCAUGCUGAUGAACAGACACAGAGGAUCACACCACAGGACUUUCCCGAGAAAGGAGAUUUUAGGAAAGAAGUGUGAGGCAGGUUUGCUUUUAUAAUAUUUUUUUUAAAAACCCUUUUGAAAUGCCUUGUCUAAAAAGACUGCAUCUCUUUUAUAACAGAUCAGCUUUGUACUUAGCUGAGUUUCAUCCAUAACCUACCAAAAUGUAACCUUAAGGGUUGCUAAAGGAUUUGAUACAAUACAGCAGAAAAAGCUCUGAACAAGAAAUCUUGCUGCAUGUCACUAUUUCUUUAGCUGGGGUUCUUGCUCCAUGAGAUAAUUAAAUCCAUCCUAGCUACAGCUCUGCUUAAGCCAGAGCUGUAAGCUAGCAGGGUUCGAAUUCUAGGUGGUUGAAAAAAAUUGAAUUUUGGCAGAAAAGGAAGAAAUUUCUCAAAAAUAUUUGUGAACAUUUUUACUUGCUUUUCAACCAGCAAUUUCUUACAACAUUUUGGUGAAAAUUCCAUCUCCGGAGCCAGUUAGAUAUUUUUACAAAAAUUUUCAUCUUUCAAAUUCCUUCUCCACCCUCCCGCACCCCUCCCAAAAGGACAAUUAUUUUUUACAAAAAUGUUUAUGAAAAUGUGGACCUGCUUAUUCAGCUAGCUCUGCUUCUGCUAUGGUUUCUGUAACUAGCAUGCUCACUGGGUUUUUUUUUUUUUUUGAGACCUGUACUAGUCACACUAUGCCAUAGGCAAUAACUCCUGGGUACCAAUCUUCUAUCCUAUUGUUUUGUAACAUACAGUCUAAAAAUAUGAACUCCACCUACGGUGACCAGAUGUCCCGAUUUUAUAGGGACAGUCCUGAUUUGGGGGAUUUUUUCUUAUAUAGGCUCCUAUGACCCCCCACCCCCGUCCCAAUUUUUUACCCUUGCUGCCUGGUCACCCUAACUCCACCCUAGUCAAGGAAACUGUGUUAGAAUAUAGGGGCUUGGAAAAAUUAAUUCCUAGAGAGCUCUAACCAACUCCCAUUCAAAUCAAUGGGAAGGAGUCUAUCUACUCUUUUAAUGAGAGUUGAAUCAGGCCUUUAACCCUUAAGGGCCCUACAGCAAGAUUCAGGAAUAUCCCAAUGAGAAGGCCUCAUGCAAGAUGUAUCUGAUUUAGUGGCUGCAUAGCGGUCACUGCCAUGAUGGAAGGCACAUCUAGGUGACCUUUAAUCCUCACUGAUUAUACAGAAACUGGAUAUCGUGAUACACAUCCCACCCAUUACCCUUAGGGAUACAUUUGGAAAAGGAUUCUUAUCAGUGGUCAGAGCCACAAGGUAGAAACAAGUGGGAGCCAAAGUACAACCCACAGUGUAACAUUAAGCAAGUAGUUGGAAAUCUUUGUCUCCCCAGAUGAGAACAAACUUUGGUAAAACAAGGGCUUCACUGAAAACCAGGUGUUUUCCUUAGAAACCAUCUCAAAAAGUCCAGCCUUGUAUGCUAGUUCUGGAUAGGGUGACCAGAUGUCCCAAUUUUAUAGCGACAGUCCUGAUAUUCGGGGCUUUUUCUUAUAAAGGUGCCUAUUACCUCCCAGCCCCUGUACCGAUUUUUCACACUUGCUAUCUGGUCACCCCAGUUCUGGGUCAUCCUGAUAAGCACAGGAAGAGUGAAACAUUGCCAGAAAGCCCAACUGGCUUCUGAAGCAGGCUUCCCUCAGCACCAGCAUUCCCAGCCACCUUCUGGAGCAGGCUUUCCUCAGUGCCAUGAGGCCUAGUCAUCAUGGGGCUAGUUUGACACUCACAUCCAGAUCCUCAAAGGUCUGUAGGUGCUUAAUCCUGUUCAAAUCAAUGGGAGUUAAAGAUAUUUAGGCACCUGAGGAUCUGGGUCUCACUGUCUAGGUAGGGAAUGGUAAUUGGGGCUUGCUGGUGAAGAGUGGCCCUGGAAGGAGCCAUCUUGAAAAGACUGUUUACUUUGUAACUUCUAUCUUUCAAGUUUGCUAUUGCCUGCAGCAAUUCAGCAGCUGAAGUGGAGGGGGAAAAGAUUUUUUU